GGGCAGUGGCCAAGAGACUGUGAUCUUUUCAGACAAGAACAUAUUAACCUGACAGUGUUGUGAAGUGCUGCGUGUGGAAAAUACAAUGACAGAUAAGAUCUAUAGCACUUCUACAUUGGAGUUCAUGUUCUUCUUGGUUCAUAUUGCAGGCCCAUCUCGCUCAGAAGACACAAUCUCCGGUGACUCAUGGUGCUACCAAGGCUGUGAUAAAGACGCCUCAAACUGGGCCACACUCGUUCCCUCAGAGUGUGGAGGAUCGAAACAGUCACCGAUCAAUAUCAACACCUCAGUGCUGACCCCUGACUCCCAGCUCAGAGCCUUUACAUUCACUAACUUCUCAAAUCCACACAGCAUAACCGGUCUCAUCAACACAGGACACACAGUACGAUGUACUUUGGAGAAAAAUACUGUGGAGGUGAAAGGAGGGGGACUUAAGUACAGCUAUUCAGCUACUGAGAUCCAUUUCCACUGGGGCAGUGUAAACCAUCCAGGGUCAGAACACACAGUAAAUGGCAAGAGGUAUCAGAUGGAGAUGCACAUUGUGAGUCUGAAGAAAGAAUUAGCAGAAGAAAAGGGAAGGCAGAUUCCUGACGGAAUUGCUGUUCUUGGAUUUUUUAUUGAGGAAGCAGAUGAAGAGGAAACGACAGAAGCAUGGGAAAAUUUGAUUUCAUACCUUGCAAAUAUAACAAAAAUACAGACUUUCGUCAAUGUAAAUCACAAGAUAUCCAUCAGCGACUUGCUGGGAGAUGUGGAUCUUAAUAAGUUCUACCGCUAUAAUGGUUCGUUAACUACCCCAACUUGUAAUGAGGUAGUAGUGUGGACAGUGUUUAAAGAACCAAUCAAAGUCUCCAAAGAUCUGGUAAAAAAAUUUCCAGAAACUAUGAAUUAUGAGGAAAUUUAUAGACCCAUACAAAAUCUCAAUGGCCGCAAAGUCUACGCUUCCCCAGCAAUACUAUCUGACGCGGGUCAUACGUGGUGUUACCAUGACUGUGAAUAUGUCCCGUCAAACUGGCACAUGCUGCCUCAUUCUCAGUGUGGGGGAGAAAGACAGUCUCCCAUCAGCAUCAACACCAAGGACAUCAUCCCUGAUCCCAGCCUCAAAGCCUUCAUCCUCACUAACUUCUCCAGUCCCCACAGUAUCCGCUCUAUUGAAAACACAGGGCACACAGUUAAUUGUGUGCUAGUGGAAAACAUGGUGGAAAUUGGAGGAGGGGGGCUCAACCACCAGUAUUCAGCUCUUCACUUCCACUUUCACUGGGGAAGUUCCUCUGACUCUUCUGUCGGCUCUGAACACACUGUGAACUCCAAGAGAUAUCCAAUGGAGAUGCACAUUGUUAAUAUAAUGAAAGGGCUUACCAUGAACGAAGCAAAGAUGCAUCCCCAAGGACUUGCUGUCUUAGGAUUCUUCAUAGAGGUGGUAGAUGAGGAACAUAAGGAACUCCUGGACCAUGGUACAGGCUAUAAAGCCCAGACAAAAAGCAAAGAAUUCAAGAUGAAUUGCUGGAAGGCCCUAAGAUCGUAUUUAACACAAAUACAGGAGAAAGAUAGUGCUGUUGAUGUGCAUGAACCAAUUUCAUUAGAUUGUCUUCUUGGAGAUGUGGACCGGACUAAGUAUUACCGUUACAAUGGAUCCCUGACUACCCCCACCUGCGAUGAGGCAGUAAUAUGGACUGUCUUUACGCAACCAAUCACAGUCAGCAGGAACUUGGUGAAGAUGUUUCCAGCAGAGACAGGCUUUAAUGAUGUCUAUCGCCCCCAGCAGUGUCUCCACAAGCGCAAGGUCUACAUGAGUGCCGCACCCACCUUUGCCGCUCCAUGGCUGCUUCUGCUGCUCCUUAACCUUCUGUAUGCAGGCUGGGGGUCCAUAUGAGCCAGUAAGAAAGGACAACAGGAAAUAUAAUAGGGAACACUGGCUGGUGUCCAGGAAAAAAUUCAAAAUCAGUCAAGAAUGUGAGGGCUCACGACUGAAACCAGAAAGUAUAGUGUGUGCAGGAUGGUGACGGUAAGGGACAGGGGAACACAAAGAAAUGGACAGCUCACAGGGUGGAGUGGAAAUAGAAGAGUAAAAUGGUUUUUUAAAUCCAGAAUAUCUAUAUACAACUUUAUCAAGUGUCAUUUAUCUGUUAAAUUUGUAAAGUAUGUUUAACUUCAUGAAUGUGUUAUGACCAGAGAAAAUACUGUUUUGAUCUUCAGUGAUUUUCUAAAUAAUCAUAUUGCCAUACAUCUGUUAGAAUAAAUUUGAUCAUUUGAAUUGAUAAUGAAAUAAUAAAUAAGAUUCAGACAUCUGUAAAAGUACCAUUAUUUGUUAUUAAAAGCGGUAAUGAUGA